AUGGCCCCGACACCCGUCCCCAUUCAUAGUGAUAAAUUCAUAGCCCCCCGACACCCGUCCCAUUCAUAGUGAUACAUUCAUAGCCCCCCGACACCCGUCCCAUUCAUAGUGAUACAUUCAUAGCCCCCCGACACCCGUCCCAUUCAUAGUGAUAAAUCCAUAGCCCCCCGACACCCGUCCCAUUCAUAGUGAUAAAUUCAUAGCCCCCCGACACCCGUCACAUUCAUAGCCCCCGACACCCGUCCCAUUCAUAGUGAUAAAUCCAUAGCCCCCCCCACCGACACCCGUCCCAUUCAUAGUGAUAAAUCCAUAGCCCACAGUUCUCACCUUUACUCUGUAAUCUCGCAAUGCCUCCUUUCACUAUUUCCGAACGGCCUGUCAUUUAGUUUCGCCCUAACAGGCUGCUUACUGUUGUGAAAAAAUAAAGCACAGUGUGCCACGCGAGUAGGGACUAUGCAACUAAACGGGGGACAUAGUGUCCCCCUUGGCCCACACCCGUGAGUGGGGGCCAUAAAUAAAAAUUUUGGGGGGGACCUUUUGUCCUCCCCCUAACCCCCCCCCGGCCCCAACACAAGACGGCCGGUGGGGGCCCUAAAUAAAAAUGGGGGAACCUAUUGUCGUCCCUCCACCCAUGAGCGCCGGUUGUGUGUCCCUGACCCCCCCCCGGGCCCCACCCAUGAGCAGCAGGCGGGGGCCCUAAAUGAGUCAUCCCCCCACCCAAGUAAAAUGAAAUAAAGCCCUACCAUCCCCCUCACCCUAAAAAUAGUGACUGCACCUUGGGUUUGUUUUUAUUUUAUAAGUUCGACGGGUAUUCUGAAUUUUUAUUUGGCUUUUUGGGGCUGACAAAAGGUUUUCGAAAAAAGAAGACAUCAAAUGGUAAGUAUUUUUUGUUUACUUACAGGUAAUUUAGUUUUGUCUCCCCCUCACUAUUUUUAGGAUGAGAGGGGAAGGUAGGGCUUUAUUUAAUUUAAUUUGGGUGGGGGGUGAUUAGGGUCUUUAGCCCCGACCCAUGGGUAAGGGGCCUGGGGGGAGGACAAUAGGUCCCACGUCCAUUGUCAUUUAGAGCCCCAAACUGCCGCUCAUGGGCGGGGUCUUCCCCUCACCGCUUAUUGUAAUUUAGAGCCCACGCAGAGGCCAAGGGGGACCCUAUGUCCCCCGUUUAGAUGAAUAGGAUCACUAUACUCCCUGUCGCUUCUAUAGUUACAUAUUACAAGGAGGGAGCUGUGCGCCGGUAGCUCCCUCCUUGUAAUAAACAAAAUAAUCGAACACCAAUAUUCGGUGUUUGUUUGUUCGUCUGACAUUUCUAUUCAUUCAUUCGGCUUUCUGACUUUCAUGACCGUGCCACUUUAGUGAUGAAUUCAUAACCUAAAAAAAAUGAAAUACCAAUGAUUUAACCAAGCACACCCUGCUUAGAGAUGGUCAGAUGUGAGUCAUUUCUGUAGGUGUACCCAUCACCAGCUUAUACUAAUGGACGGCAUGUUUUAUUUUUUAUUAAAGGAGAUUAUUAUGUUCUUAAUGGAAACAAGUUCUGGAUUACAAACGGGCCAGAUGCAGAUGUGGUGAUAGUUUAUGCAAAGUCAAAUCCAUCAGCCCAGCCAGCCUCUCAUGGAAUCACUGCUUUCAUUGUCGAAAAGGUCAGUGUUCUGCCCUCCGUCUUGAUAUCUCUGCCUUAUCCCGAUUUCUUCUAAUAUUCUCACGUUUUGGACUUUGUAGGGAACACCUGGAUUUAGCACCGCACAGAAACUGGACAAGCUGGGAAUGAGAGGGUCCAACACUUGUGAACUUGUGUUUGAGGACUGCAAGAUUCCUGGUGAGUGUAUUGUGCAUGGGGUCACUUUAAAUGAUGCUAAGGGAGAUAAGAAAUACUGUAUAUUAUACUUUGAUGAAUCCCAAGCAGGGAACUUUGUAACUUGACACUUUAACAUUUUAUUUGUAGAAAAGAACAUUCUAGGACAUCUGGGUAAAGGCGUCUAUGUUCUGAUGAGUGGAUUGGAUCUGGAGAGGCUGGUGCUUAGCGGAGGACCCCUGGGGUAAUUAGAACUCUAGUACCUCCUAAUAUUGUGAUGCAUUUCAUGCCUUACACCAGAAUAGCUGAACUCAAAACAAAUCUUUUUCCUCAGUUUGACUGACUUGUUUAGUGAAUAAGCCCCUGAAUGGGAAUUGAGGAAAUUUCACUUUUUUUUUCUUUAAACUUUUAGUGAAAUUCUAGCAAGUUCCUAACGGCAGGUAAAUGCCUCCAUUGAUUAUACUGCGGGCUCCCAGAAUGGGAAUUGGACAUGUUGUCACUCGCUGAGCUGGAACAUGGAUAUUGUCCAGUUUAUAUCCAGUAUUUCGUCCUUUCUCCAGAAAUCUCGGCUUUGUAAAUGACCAGGGAAUGUAGCACUGGGAUUGUGGGAACGCUAACAAAACAAAUCUUUCUCUAAUCUCCUAAUAAACUAUAAUAACACAUUAUAUGGUUCCAAAACUAUUAACCCUAUUGUUUCUGGUUCACUAAAUAAAACCCCAUUACUAUUCCCUAAACAUUACAUUUUUUAACCAAUUUAACCCCUUAAGGACACGUGACAUGUGUGACAUGUCCCGAUUCCCUUUUAUUCCAGAAGUUUGGUCCUUAAGGGGUUAAGGUAUCUCCCCACCCUAACGAAGGGCAAAGAAACUACACAGUGUGUAAAAAUGGGGUCCGAAACCUAAUAUUCGUUGGUUUGGAAGAACUGGGGCAUCCAGAGCGCCUCAAGUUUAAAAUCUUUCCUACACAGAAAUUGGACACAUUUGUUCCCACUGCGCUCUUAAUGUAUAUUGAUCCAAAGGGCAAAGUAUAUGCAACAAAUAUUGCCAACUCUCAAAUAGGAAAGUGAUUCCCUACACAACAUGAAAGCACAGUUUAAUAAUUAUACAGCAAACAAUCAGAAAAUAACUCAAUACUAUAAAAUAAAUGUAGAAAUGUGCAGUGUAUCCCUGCAGUUAUUUUAUAGUACGGUGUAGAUUUUAUAAUCUUUGUUUUUUAGCAUCAGCUAAUUGUGCUUUCAUGCUGUUCUGUAUUGAAUGAUUUUCCGAUCUCCGCGCUGGCAUUAGUUUUUACUUUUUACUCGAUUAUAUUCUUUUUAUUAAGUGUAUGGAUAUGUUUUUAUUUAAAUAUUAGGCGGAGUGUUAUUGUAAUAUUUAAACCUAUACUAUAUAUAACUUGUAUAGUAAAGGAAAACAAGGGGUUUCAGUCUGCACUGGAUCUUCAUUGAAUUGCGGACGACAUUCUGUAAUGUUCUCCGAAUCCGUCCAUUCGAGCUACUCCAUUGUAUAAUAAUAUAGUCCCUCUGUGACUGCAGCCAGCACUGGGCGAGUUGCAGGAACAGAAGUCAUUUCAAUUCAAUCUGUUUCAGUCCUUGGAUGUUAGCAGAUGGUACGACUCGUGGAGAGGGCUGAUUGCUGAAGGCUUGGCCCAGUUACAUCAGCCAACUCAUAUCCUUCCGUGACUUCCUCUGCCCUCUUACUAAUGAGAUUUAAUGUAGCAGAGACAGAUGUGGCAGGAGGAGGCGAUUCAGAUGGCUCAUUGUAGACAUUAUCUGUAGCUGACAGCUACCUGGGUAAGGCAGACUGUGCCUUCCAACAAGUAAAGACGGAGUAUGGCAUUUAAAUAUCGUACGGACAUUCUCACAUUUACGACGACAUUAAAGCAUAGUUGGUGAAUUGCUAGGAAGUUACCCUAACUGUUUUCUCAGCAAGCGAAAUUUAUACAUUUAUUGAUUAAUCAAAUGUAUUGUAUCUCUAUGGGGAGCAGGAUCCUGCACCCCAAAAUACUGGCAAGCCCUCUUAGCAGAACAAACUGCAACUGUUUUAGAAGUAAUGGCAGUUCAGGAGGAAAGGAAGGUUUGCUGUAUUUAGCACCACCUGCGCUUACCCAACCCGUUAAGGAUUAACUCGGGGGACUUGAACCAGCAGCAUCUGCAGUGAACACAAGUGGCAGUCAUCAGUGUUAUAUAAAGUGUUCUGUGAAUUGAAACAUUAUGGCAUUGACUUCACUUGGGCUGCCCAAAACCACCCUUCCGUGACAAGUCCUACAAAAGCCUAAACCUACUUGUGAGAUAAUUGUGGUAAAAUGUUGCUGUUUUUGGUGUCCUUUUUAACGCUGUGUUUGUGUCCCAGUAUCAUGCAAGCUGUGCUGGACCACGCAUUCCCAUACCUGCACACCAGAGAGGCGUUUGGGCAGAAAAUUGGCCAUUUCCAGGUGAGACAAGGUUACCAGCUCUGUGACAUCAGUUCAAAACAGGACACGUUGUAUUAUUUACCACUUAAACUGAGACUUUUAUACCAAAUGAUGGAAUUGGAAAAUAAAAAUUCCACUAUGUAGUGAAAUAACAACCCGACUGAACUGUAGUCAAUGAUUGGGCAGUGUGUUGUGGCCUAAAGUUUUAAAUCGACUUUCUUUGAGUGUAUUUUGGACUUUAGUGAAUAAAUCCCAGCUCAGAUAAUUGUUCCAUUCCCGUCUCCAAAAAUCCCAGUUUAAUGAAAACAUCCAAAUCCACACAAGAGUCUAGUUACCUUGGAAACAUAAUAAAAUAAAAGAUUAAAGGGAUAUUCAACUAUGCAAAAGGGAAAAACAGUUUAGUAGAUGCCCCUCAAUUGACGCAUUCAUCGAACUAUGCAUUUUUUUUCAUUGGGGUUAUAUAUACAAAGAUCUCUUUUCUGCAGCCUUUGCAAGCCCUCCCCUUUUAACACCGCCCAUACUUUGUGUGUCUGUCCAAUCACAAGCUUCCCAAUGCAGCUCAAUGAGAAGUCUUUGCAAGGCAGGUGCUCUGGGCAAUUGCUGCCUCUUGAGUUUAUCUUCACUGAGCUAACCAAACCAGGAAGUAACAGGACUGGCUGUCUGAUCAACAGAGACAAUGUGUGUAUAUUAUUAAGGCAUUUAAAGAAAAUGUAACUAAUAUAUUCACCUUUAGACAUCUGUAGCUGCAGAACGAACCUCCCCUCCACCAAUCAGGAGACUCUCGUUGUAGUCUAUGGGAUCUAAUCCUAUCCCAUACAGCUCCUGUGGCAAACCUAGCCACUUACAGAAUGUCUUUAUAUAUACCUGACUAUUGCUACCAUUGCUAUUUCUAUCUGUGAAAAAAACAACCACUUUUAAAAUAUCUGUAUGUAAAAGAGUUCAUCUGGUUUAUCCUCUGCAUUCAUGUGCUGUAAGCACACGAAUGCCGCUAGCAUUCAGUUUCAAGUUUCCCGAACAGUGAAUUCUAACACUGUUCGUGAAACGAACCAAGGACCGAAUGGGAGACCACCCCAGUAGGUCGUGUGCCGCUCAUUAGUGAUGUUGCAAUAUUGUGUCCAGCCAUUAAUGGGCUUUCUGUGUGUGGCGGGCGUUCGUGUACUGAACACGUGGCGGAGGCCAUCUUUGCUUUGUUAGAGUUCAGCGGUGUUUGGUCGUCGAGUGCCUGGAAACGAAAUCGGUCACUUGAUUUCCAAACACUGCUGGACUUCCAUAACGCUCGGGAAACUCGCUCCUUCAGGGAAAUGAAGCUAUUCGUGAGUUUUCUCUUCUAAACCCCAGUUCUCUCUUCUGAUCCCCAGUUCGUGGAAAUGUAUAUUAUGAGCGGCGUUCGGUUAUUUCUGCAGGGAUCCGAGCGGUACUUCAGUAUAUUGUACGUGCCGAUCCCUGCAAUCUGUUGAGAGGUCAUUCAUACAAAUCGGUGGGAAAUUGUGAGAAUGAUAGAUUUUAAUGUAAAAUAUUGCAUGUUACUGUAACCACUGGUAAUGAUCUGUACUUGCUGAUGACAUCUCUGUGCCUGUACAGCAGGGGCUGCUGGGAAAGGACCCUGCAUGGUCAGUUUCCCACACAGUCCACCUGAUUAAAACCCCUGCUGGAAACCCUGUACAGUAAAAACCACAUAAAUUGGGGAUUUGUCAUUAAAGCUCUCAGUUGACCUCCAAGCUAUUUGUUUUCUAGUUCUUGGGAGAAAAUGGAUUGUAACUACGCUACCUGCAUUUUGCCUACAUUUUACCUGCUUCAUCCUGUCUACCAGCGGAGAUACCGUAGAUAAUACUUCUACAGCUGCCAUCCAGCAGCAGCAGUUUGUGGUAAUAGUUUGUCCCCCAAACCUGCUGUCCUACACGGUGAUUGGAAGUGCAUUAUAAACACUACAUAUUGCAUCCACUAUCGGUUUACACAAAGCACAUUUCACUGGUUUGUGAUCUGAUCGUUGUGCAGCAACAGGCUGAGCCUUCAAUGGAGAGACUCCACAGCUAUAAGCUGGGCUACAUUUACACAGAACAGAAAACGAAAACUCUCUUUUACAGAGUUCGACCAAGGACUCCUAAAAUAUAGAUGUUAUGGGGAAUAAAUAAAAGCUGGUCCUCCGAGUGAGCCUGUUUAGUGAAAUUGCAGACUCAAAUCAAACCCUAUUCCACGUUUGGUCUGGUCCAAGGUGUGCAGACCAUUCAGGGAUGAUGGGGUUAGGAGUGAUGGUCAAGGCACUAUAGUGUUUUUCACUAAACUCCAAAAUGAAGAAAACCGAUCCAAAUUGAGAUUAAUUUUUUUACAGAUCGGAUAUUUUCUCCUAGUUGUCAUUCAUAACUUAGAGUUUAAUUUAAGUGUUAUUUAGGGCUGAUCUACAGAGUUUUCCCUGCUGACUGUGGGUCUGUGCAUGAUAGGGUCUGUCCUGAUAUCUUUAUCUGUAUGUGGGUAGGAGAUUUAGGCGAUAAUCCUCAAUCUGUGGGGUAACUGCUUGUAGAUCCCAUGAGAAACCUCACUACCAUUUUGUAAUAAAGACCUUUUUUUUUUUCCAUUUCUUCGCAACAAUUCUAAAUCGAUUGAAAUUAGUUUUCUGUUUCCCUUUUGGAUCAACAGCAGAUACAAAUGUGUGAAAGGCGGAUCUUGGUGGAGUUUUUAUACCGUGUUGGGUGUUCCCCAGCGUCUGAUAAUGUUUUCUCUUUUUUCUCCCGGCCAGCUGAUGCAAGGAAAGAUUGCUGAUAUGUACACCCGCCUUGCCGUGUGCCGGCAGUAUGUUUAUAACGUGGCAAAAGCCUGCGAUAAAGGGCACGUAACACCCAGGGUGAGUGGGCGUCUGUUUCAACACCUUGAAAUUUAGCAAAAACAUUACCAAAAUGAAUGUUAUUUAAAAAACACAAUGGUAUUUGAGAAUCACUGGGUCGGCUUCCCCCAGAGAUUUUUGCAAAUCUCCGUAGCCAAAAUAUUAAAACCAAACCAUUGGGGACACUGCCUGAAUUAAAAUAAAAAAACCUUAAAAUAACACAAUAUUGUUCUAAUAUAUACACAAUUCCUAGCAAGCUUAAAUGUUUUCCGGGGUGCCCCCUUCCCAGAUUUCCGAGGAGGCUAAAUUAACCCAGUCCCCUAUAACUCUGAUUCUACAUCUCCAGUCACUCAAACAGCAUUAUCAAAAAUCAUUUCCAAAUACACAAAAUAAGUUCUGUGUAAAAAAGACAAAAUAACAAAACACAGUCCAAUAAAUUGUUUUCCCAGUAAUGGAAGAAACCCUUUUGAGCGUUUGUUUUAUUACGGAAUGUCUGGUGUGUUUUUGGAAGAUAAUGCUGAAUCCCACUGAGGUUUCUUUGAGGGACUGAAGACAUGGAAUUCGAGAGUCUACAGGGGACUGGGUUCAUUUCCAUUCCCCCAGACAUGCAUCUAACCCCUACAUCUGAUGAAUGCAUUUCAUUUAAACUUGCUAGAAAUCGUUUAUAUUAAAACAGUCUCGCCCUCUUAUGUCUUCAAUCGGGAUCUCCAGUUGUUAUUUGGGAUGAAGAUCCCAAUCUGUAUCUCAGCUUCUAUCCAGGGGAAUUCAUUACAAAAUAUCUGCAUUAUUGCUAGCGGGGUCCCCACGGAGAGUUUCAGAGCAUUUGGCUCAUCGAUACUUGUAAUCCUUCAGGGUUAUUCACUAAAAUGUGAAUUCAAAGUGAAUUUCAAAUUCAUUUCUCCAGGUUCGGCUAUUUUGGUCUUAAAUUUGAGUUCACUUUGAAUUCCUGUCAAUUCUCACGUUAGUGAUGAACCCGGUUUGUGGUUGGUAACUGUAUUGAAGUGUCAGCUCCUAUGGCAAGUUCUGAGGAAUGCUGCACCAUGUGUUAUGUCUAUUUCCCGUAACCCCCAUACUUAACGAUAGAUUAAACUUUAACAUGGCAGGUCCAGUAGCAAUCUGAGUUGUACGUAAAGUGCUGAUGGCUUUCGUUUAGCAUAAAAUUGUUAAAAAGCAAGUAUUCUACUUCACUUUAUUCUAAUCUCUCCUCAUUGUGUUUUAUGUCUCUGCACAGGACUGUGCUGGCACAAUUCUCUAUUCCGCAGAGUGUGCAACGCAGGUGGCUCUCGAUGGUAUCCAGUGUCUGGGUAAGAUUUUCACAGACUCCCAGGCUGUUCUCCCCUAAUUUUAUAGGAGAUAUGUCAUUUUUAGAAAGAUUUGAAAUUGAAAUCUGAUAGACUGAUAACCAGCAAGCGAUCUAUAGCAUGGCUUCAUUAGGAUUCCCACAAUAUUCUAUUGGGGAACAAAUUGCAGAUUACACAUGUUGGUAUGGACCAGGGCCACCAAGCCAGGCAAAUAUUACAGUAAUAACGACUCCUUGCUAGCCACAAAACUACCUACACAAACUACCGACAAACCUUUACAGUACCUGAAAGAGUCAAACAUACAUGUUAAACACCUUAAAAAAAAAAAUACUUUAAAAAAAAAAAAAGGGGGGGGGAGGAUAAAAAAAAAAAGUCCUUAUUGUACAAAAAUUGUCACCGUCUAAACUACCUGAUAAAACUCAAAGUAGUAAUCAGUAAUACUGAUAAAGAUUAGGAGUUAAUAUUAGGUAGAAAACAAUCACAGAACAAUAGAACAAUAAACCUAUUCACAUAAAAACCAUACAAAAGUUCCCCGUCCUCUCGUUAAUCAGAGGGGUGGCAGCAGUAUUGUAAAAAAAUGUAUACACUGCAUCAAGAGUAGAAAUACCCCAGAAUGCAAGUUAUAAUAGAACCAAUUCACAUCAAAUCCCAAAUAGGACAUCUGGUUAAUAAUAGGAGUAUCGGCAGUAAUGUAGCAACAUGUUAUAAAGUAUUUAUAGAAUGUAGCAGAUAUAAAGCACCUCCGGCUCAAUGCAGUAAGACCCAAAUCUGAUAAAGGGACAUAUCCUUCCAGAACUGCCAGAUCUCACUUUAAACCUUGCAAGAGGCAGCUGCUUUGAUAAUCAGCGAGACAAUAUAUCGCCUUGUUCGAGGUGUAAAAAUAAAAUACACAGAUUUCUAUAUCUCUAUAGAGAUUGCGUUUCCAGACAGAGAUUUCUGAUCCUCCACUGUUGGGAGUGUUUUCAUUUUACUAAUAUUACAUUUAUGCCGUUACAGAGAACACACCGAGCAGGACAAUAUAUUGUCUCGCUGAUUAACAAAGCCGCUGCCUCUUACAAGGUUUAAAGUGGGAUCUGGCAGUUCUGGAAGGAUAUGUCCCUCUAUCAGAUUUGAGUCUUACAGCAUUGAGCCAGACGUGCUUUAUAUCUGCUACAUUCUAUAAAUACUUUAUAACAUGUUGCUACAUUGCUGCCGAUACUCUUAUUAACCAGAUGUCCUAUUUGGGAUUUGAAUUGAUUUUAUUUCCUUUCUGGGGUGUUUUUACUGGUGAUAAAAUGUACACUAUUAGCAGCAUUGCUGACACCUCUUUGAUUAACUAGAGGACAGGGAAAUUGAUGUACUUUUCUAUGGUUUUUAUGUAAAUACUUUUAUAUUCUGCAGAUUUUAUCUAUUGUUUUUUUACCCAAUAUCAGCUCCUAGUAUUUCAGUGUUUACAGAUUACAGUACCUGGUCUAUUACUGUGUAAUCCCCAUAAUGCCCAGCCAGGCCUGAGCUCUAACUGAGCAUGAUGAGUUGUAGAUCAUGUAAACAUCGGCGCUGCGAGUAUUACUGAUGUAGUAGCGGUACCCUGACCUGGUUCCUGGUAAUUGGAUCACAGCAGGUCAUCUGGUUGUCUCUCCCCGCUGGUGAUGAACCAGAAACUGAUCCAGUCGCUAUUCAUUGGCUGAGAGCCACAAAGGACAGCACCCAGUGAAUGUCAGACCGUGUAAAAAAACACUUUGCACGGAAUUGACAUUAGCCAGCCCGGUACUCUAGUCACUGCUGGAGGUGGAAUUACAGAGUCAUAGACAGACUUCAGGCACCAUGACUACUUCAAAUCACCGACGUGGUCAUGGUGCUUUGAGUAAGAAGGCAGAUACCUUUUUGAAGUUCAACUCUGAGGUUUUUAUUUGUAAAGUUGUUCAUAUAAAAUGCCAUGCCCUCCAGCUACGUCUGAGCAUUGUGGGAAUUAUUUUAUUGCCUCCCUCUCCUGAACAUGGCAGGGGCUGUUUUACACCUGAUUACAGCUCACUGAUUGAAUUUUUUUGUGGGUUUUUUUUUUCUUAGGAGGAAAUGGAUACAUUAAUGAUUACCCUAUGGGACGCUUUCUACGUGAUGCCAAGUUAUACGAGAUUGGCGCAGGCACUAGUGAAGUCCGCAGACUGGUCAUCGGCCGAUCCUUUAAUGCCUUGUACAAAUAA